AUGGUCAAGGGAAUUGUUACGCCGAGUCCAGCGACGGUUGGAAGUAACUCGGCUAGACUGACCAACUCGGCGGACUCGGCGAAUGCGACGAUCACGGACGCGACGGCGGACGAGGCGCGCACCGUCCAGUUCGAUGAGGAGGAUGCCCAAGACCAAGAAAGUGAGGAAGAUCUUGAGGAUGAGUAUGAGGAGAAAGCUGAGCUACUCGGCGAAGUCGACGAGUUGUCGCUGCAAGUCGGACGGAUGGGUACCCCACGUCCAGUUGUGCGCAACCUGGCGGCCGAGCUCGGCAAUGAUACGGACGACGAAGAUCAAGCCGCCGCUCAAGGGGAACGUCCGCCCCUGAUCCCGCGAACGACGAGGAAUGCGGAUACGCCAAGUGUGAACAAGGUUCUGGGCAGGCUCGGAGAGGAGAUGCGAGCUCAGAGCGAGUGGAUGAUGAUGUUUGCCCCAGUGGCGAUGGCUCAGGCGAGAUGGCCGGUGCUGGGGCCCGAGCUGACUCAGCCGGUGAACAGCACCGACAUCAACCAACUGGUCGAAGACACGGUGUUGCUACUCAAGGCGAUGGGGUUCCGGUGCACGAGCCGACCCAACAGCCUGUCACUCGGCGAUUGGGACCCCAGCCGAGCUUCACGCGAAAUCCUCAAGUGGAAGCACGCAGCCGAGCUCAGCGACAGCGACGAUGGGCGCGAGUACCUGAACUCGGCUGAAGAGUCGGUGAAGGACGUCAUCAAGCACCUUAGCUUCGAUGACGCUGAAAGUGAUCGGACGCAGUACUUGGAGUUUGACCAGUCGGCACGAGCUGGCUAUUACUCGGCUCAGCGCAAAGACAACGAGCUGGUGUGUGACUUCCUUAUUCGUCUCAACGGAUAUGCGAAGUCGGCGAAAAUCCAGUACGAGGCCGGUGGAGCGGAUGCUGUUGACCAUGUGGAACACUUCCUGUUGCACUGCGGAGAUGAUGACGUCAUGGAUCUGCUCUAUCCGCAACAGCUCACCGACAUCAAGAAGGUCGAGAAGAUCAUCAACCAGAAGAUCCUGGGGGAGCGCCGGAAGAAACAGCGCGACCGUCUCAUCGGAAGCCGCAGCCGAGAUGCCAAGCGCACCGAUUCGCCAAGGCACUCGGAAGCUCGCCGGACGACAGCGCUGCUGGAGGACGACUCGUAUGAGCUGGCUGAGAGACGCCAAUCCAAUCGGCGAUCCAACCUCUACGACUCGGACAGCGAUCAGAGCGACGGCAGCCAGCCGAGCUACUCCGACUCGGCUGUAGACUCGGAAGACGAUUACAUCGACACCGGGUUCACUAGCGACCGCGACCGUAGAUCGGGGGACCGAGGGAACUCGGCUGGGAUACCAAGGAGUGAUUACCGAAGGGGUCAGCCGAGCUCGGCUGACCGCGCCAGUCGAGGAUACGAUCGGCGUGACCAGACUGGGCGGCGCAGUGACUCCCGUGAACGCCCUUCGUAUGGACCUUGUGCUGCCUGCGGUGGUGCGAACCACUCCGUUCACUACUGCCGCCGUCGCUGCAAGUUCUGCAAGCAAUUGCACGAUGUCGGUCAAUGCGAGCUGUUCCAGCGCUAUGAGAAGCUCGCCGCAUUUGUCAAGUCCAAUGUCGACAAGUCCAAGUUACCUGAAGACCUCCAGGACCUCUACACGCCGAGUGAUUUAAACUCAGCGGCCCGCCAACACUGA